UCGUACAUUUUCUUGUCUCCCACGUCAUGCAUGUCCUGCGACACCCUGCAGCAGCGGACUGCCGCUCCACGGCCUGAUUGCCGUGCCACACCUGUCGGAAAACGACCUCAUCGCCGGAUAUGCAUGUCGCAUCGUGCCUCCCAUGUUCCUCAACGCGCCCAACAUACCGGAGGAGUACAAAACACUGAAUCCCUACAAAUACAGCAUGACCUUGGAGCAUGAUGCCCUGUCUAAGUUUGCCAGCCAAGAGAAGCCGUUUUCAACCUUGUUCGUGACUGUUCCCUUGUACGGCAAGUGGUAUACGUACGACAACCAGGGUGAAUACACCUUCGACACGCUGUGCGGUGUGGACGACCCACCCUCUCUCUUGGGAAGCGUGGCCGAGGUUUGCAAGAACCCGGAAUGCAACACGACAUACGUUGAGGCUCCGCAUGCAGGCGUGCUGUCAGCAUGCGAGAAAUCGCAAACGGUCUUCACGUACGAUAACAGCAAAUCGUAUCGCCACAAGUUGUGCACAUUAAAGAGGAAUCUGACGAGCCUGCGGUACGGCAUCCUCGCCGUAGGCAUUAACAUGGACGACACGACGAACAGAUGCGGCGGAGGCAGCUACGCCCGCCUCCGCACGCUGCGCUUUCUUGUGGACUACUUCAAAAGCAGCUUCAACUCGCCCGACGCCUAUGACCAAUGUCAGCGAGGGCCUUAGCAGUCUAACGAGUACCUUUCAAAGUAAGCCGAACACCAG